AUGGCCUCUCUUCAAGCUUCAUGUACUCUCUUUGCCAAGCCAUCUAAAUCAUUCACCUACCCUCACUUUCAAGUGUCGUGCAAUGCUAAGAAACCGAGUUCUCAAGAUGCUGAAACUUCCCAAGUGAGAAUAGACAGGAGAAAUGUGCUUGUUGGGCUUGGAGGCUUGUACGGUGCAUCCAACCUUGUGUCGAAUCCAUUGGCAUAUGCCGAUCCUGUACAACCUCCCGACUUCAAAAAGUGUGGUAAUGCUUUCGACAUUGGGACAGGGGAUCCUCUUAAAGUUAAUUGUUGCCCUCCAAUCUCCGAUGACAUCAUUGAUUAUGAGCUUCCACCGCCACCACAUAGAUUGCGCAUUAGACAGCCUGCUCAUAUGGUCGGGAAAGAUUACAUAGCCAAGUAUGAAGAAGCCAUUAGGCGUAUGAAGGAACUUGAUAAGACCAAUCCAAAUGAUCCCCGUGGCUUCAAGCAACAAGCUAAUAUUCACUGUGCCUAUUGCAAUGGACCUCAUGACCAAGUAGGGCAUAAGGAUCUAGACUUUCAAGUUCAUGAAUCUUGGCUCUUCUUUCCUUUCCAUAGGUGGUACUUGUAUUUCUAUGAAAGAAUCUUGGGAAAAUUGAUUGAUGACCCACAUUUUGCUCUACCAUAUUGGAACUGGGACCAUCCUAAGGGAAUGACGAUGCCACCCAUUUUUGAUAACCCUUGUUCACCUCUGUACGAUGCAGUGCGGGAUCCAAACAAUAGGGCCUCUGCUGUCGUCGAUUUGAACUACAGGAGCAGUGCACCGACAAAUGAUCUGAGGCAGGUGGACAUCAAUCUCCGGACAAUAAAUAGUGAAAUGAUCACAGGCGUCAACAAUAAUCUUCAGUUCAUGGGAGCUCCUUAUUGCGAUGGAAGCUGUCCCCGACCAGGCAUGGGCACAUUAGAACGUGGUUCUCACACUGCAAUUCACAUAUGGGUUGGAACCAAGGAUAAAACUGGGGAACAUAAAUAUAAUGAGGACCUAGGCAACUUUUACUCAGCAGGUCGAGAUCCACUUUUCUAUUGCCAUCACGCAAAUGUUGAUCGAAUGUGGACUAUAUGGCGAACACUAAGUACCCCAGUCCGUAAGGACAUUACUUCACCGAAUUACUUAAAUGCCCAAUUUCUUUUCUACGAUGAAAAUGCUCGUCUUGUUAGGGUGAAAGUUGCCAACUGUGUGGACCAUAAGAAAAUGGGCUAUAAAUAUCAUUACAUGCCUACUCUAUGGCGUCACUAUAGUCCACCAAAGAAGCAAGCCAAGGCCAGAAUAAUGGAGAAAAUUUCUGAUAUUCCGAAAGUAGCAGCCGUGUUACCUAUAACCCUGAAAAACACUGUUAGGGUUUUGGUUCCCAAGUCCGCCAAGGGAAAAGUAAGUGAGCAACUGGUGAUCGAAGACAUAGAGAAAGACACGACAAAAUUUAUCAAGUUUGAUGUGUUCGUGAAUGACGAAGACGACGACUUGGGAGAAUUGGACAGGGCUGAAUAUGCAGGAACCUUCGCACAAGUGCCGCACAAAACUAAGAACAAGACGAGCAAAUCUUCAAUUUCUUUGGAUUUGACUCAGCUUUAUGACUACGUUGAUGUUACUGAUGAUGAUACCAUAGUGGUGACGAUUGUGCCAAGAUCUAAUGGAGAAGAUAUCACCAUUGGUUGUAUCAAGAUCGUUCCUGUGCCUUCGGAAGAUGAGGUUGAAUCUAAUGAUGAUAAUUAG